UCCAAGCUUGCACAGCGGUUCAAAGUGUGUGCCUAGCAGUUCAAGAUGUAAUGGGAGAGCAGAUCUACCAAACUACGCAGACGAAGUUGAUUGCGAUUUUUGCGGAACCACCAGUCUGAAUCUUUCAACACACGAGGAAUUGGUGACAGUGAACGUUUCUUAUGACGUAGUGAGUGCAAGGCAACGUGUAAUGGUCUCUGUACGUGCUGAUCAAGAAGUCACCGACAUUGCCGGCAGUGUAUCAAACGUGAGCGAGUGCGUGUGGAAGGUUACCCCGCCAGCAGGUACUGGCACUCGAAUAGCGAUUGAGGUUGCCGAGUCACGGGGAAGCAGUCUGCGCAUCGGUGACGGCUAUGACCCAAGCUUGGGUACACCGAUUUUGUCGACAGCGGAAGUGCUUAUACCUAGGACCGCGUUUUCCACGGAGUCGGCCCUGUGGAUAACAACUGGUUUGUGCACUUAUGCAUGGCGCUCGUACCGGCUGCAGUUUACCAUCUGGAGUUACACAAGCAUUGAUUGCGACGAUAAUCAGUACUCGUGUCCCUCAGGAACUAAGUGUCUGGAGCCGGCUUCUGUCUGUAACGGUAUUCACGAGUGCCCCAGUUACGCUGACGAGAUGCAGUGCAACAGCUGUAAGAAAGAUGAAUUCGCCUGCUCAGCGGACAAGUGCAUACCACGCGACGCGGUUUGCAAUCAGCAGUCCAACUGUGAAAAACUAAAUGAUGAAUUUUCGUGCGGUUUCUGCAGGGAGCCAAAUAUAGAGCUCAACGCCUCGGUCAAACAUUUUUCUACGGAGGGCAAGCAUAACUACAACUGUUUAUGGACUGUCACUGCCGAACCAACUACUCGAAUUCUGGCCAGACUCCUCACGCGCGGAGAUUCCCUCACCACCUUCUGUGAUGGAAACUACAGAGACUAUGUGCGACAGAUUGACGUGAACCAGUGUACAAAACUGGCCCAGUUAUCAAUUAGGCCUACAAGCGGUGCAGUAGCAUUCCGCCGACACGUAGUUUCGAGCGGCUCCACGAUGUGGAUCGAGAGUACGUCUGUCUGGGACGAUCCUGGCUCGUACCUCACUAUGACACUCGAGCAGUUCGUAGGUGUCGAGUGCCAAAGUGAACAAUUUAAAUGUCCUUCUGGAACUGCCUGUAUCGACCAAUCAGCUGUCUGCGACGGCUGGCCAGACUGCCUCGAGUUUGAGGACGAAUUUGGAUGUAGAGGUUGUUGUGAAGAAUGUCUUGCGUGUGGCCCAUCCGAGUGCGUGCCAAGGCUGGAUAUUUGUGACGGAGUCUCACACUGUCAAGAUCACACUGACGAAUUCAACUGCGGUCCCUGUGGUGACACACGAAUUAACGUAACUGGGCCAGGUUACGCCAAUCUGACCUCGCCUGGAUGGCCGGGGAACUACCCGUCAAAUCUGAGAUGCUAUUGGGUUGCGAUUGCACCCCAAGAAAAGAGAAACCUGGUCAUAUUUUUGGAAUUCGAUACCCAAAGCGGAUAUGAUUACCUUAAGUUGUCAAACGGAAUUCAAUUUUCCCAGGGCCUCAAAGUCAGCGGAAAAAACUUCCCCAGCAGGAUGGCAUCAAAGGGCAACGAACUGUCAUUGCAUUUCUUUUCCAACUACAACGACGGCAGGAAAGGGUUUUUACUUCAACUCGAACAAAGACCUGCCGACCAAAUUUCCUGUGGUGCUGGAGAGGUUUUAUGUGACUAUCAGUAUUUUGUGUGUGUGCCUGAAAACACGGCAGGGCAGCGAUGCCCCCAAAAUAAUUGUGGUGAGGAAACCAUUACAGUGGACUUUGAACCAGUAGAUUUCUUGUCACCAAAAUACCCGGACAAAUACCCCGCUGAACUGGCUUGCACCUGGACGAUCACAACGGCGGAGGCCAACGUCAUUUUCGUUCAUGUCAAAGACUUCCAAACGGAACCCUCUCACGAUGUUUUGAAAUUAAAAGGUCAGACAUUUUACAGCGCCUCAACCUCCCAGUUCUCUUUAGACGGGAAAACAAAAGUUCGCAGUGUGGUCUUCAAUUCGUCAUCGAUUGUCAUUGAGUUUAUUUCGGAUUCAGCAUCUGGAGGAAAGUUUCACUUGUCACUUCAAAGCAACUUUUCUUCAUACAGUGAUGAGGUUCCAUGUAAUGUGAAUAAUGACAGCCUUAUUGACUGUCAAGACGGAUCGUGCGUGACCUCUGACGCCAGAUGCAAUGGUUUUUUUGACUGCAAGAACCGUUUCGAUGAACAGCACUGCAACGUGGUGCACUGCCCUGAUUUUUACGCGUGCUCUGAAUCAACCAAAUGUAUCUUGCUGGAGGAAGUCUGCGACGGUGUUCCCAACUGUGACUUAAAAGACGAUGAGGAAGACUGCGGUAACAAGCGAUGCCCCCCAAACUGCAACUGUGGCUAUGAAAAUGAGGAUUUUGUAGUUCGAUGUCGACAAGGAUGGAAUCUGGAUACCAUUGCCAACGUUGCAAAAAAGACCAAAGCUCUUGAAAUUUCCUAUGGCGAAAUCAGUACUCUUGAGCUUGGUGUAUUCAAAGGACUGCCCUAUCUACAGGCACUAUCUCUUGAAAACAACAGCAUAGAGAAGAUAGAGCAAAGAGCAUUUGAUGGGCUAAACAUAACAUUUCUAGAUAUCUCUGGCACCAACAUAACGUCAAUUGAUUUGCCAAUUUUCGAGGAGCUCGAUCGACUCGAGACAUUGAUGAUGAUAAACGUUCCUAUCACGUUUAUUUCCGAGAAUGCUUUCUCCGGACUUUCAAACCUCAGAACAAUUGUGAUCAUAACGAACCAAAAAGACAGCAGCUUUAUCACCAUCGAACGAGAAGCAGUUUGGAACUUAAAGUCUCUUCAAAAUGCGUAUGUCGAUGACUACCGGUUGUGUUGUGAUUUUGCCGUGCUAGAACAUUUCUCAGCCGAAGACGGCUGCAUUACUACCGAGUUACAACCGCCUCUAAACCUGUGCGGAAGUCUCUUGCAGACUGAACUAUUGCGUGUUGCAAUGUGGGUAUUGGGGUUCAGCGCCCUCUUAGGUAACGUCGUGGCCAUCAUUUGGAGGUUGAAAGGCACAGGUGAUAGAUGCAAGAAGACACAUUCGUUUAUGGUUAUGAAUCUGGCAGUUUCGGAUUUCAUGAUGGGUGUAUACAUGGUGAUGGUCGCAGCAGCCGAUCUUUCUUAUGGUGAGACUUACUUCCGUGUUGCCAGCCAAUGGCGGUCGAGUGUAGUGUGUAAGAUAGCUGGGGUAAUAUCGGUCAUGUCCAGUGAGGCGUCAGUGUUCUUUGUGACGCUCAUCAGCAUCGAUUGUUUCUUGUGCAUUGUGUUUCCAUUCAGUCGCAUUCACCUCCGGGAAAGGUCAACUAAAAUAGUGGUAAGCCUGCUGUGGCUUGUGGCUAUUUGCUUGAGCGUCGUUCCUACUUUCUCGGUCGGGCCCGAUUCUGAUUUGUAUGGACUCUCUGAUGUCUGUAUAGGGCUGCCUUUCACUACCAAGUCGACGGGGCAAGACAACGUUAAAUCUGAAGACAUCCCAAAUCCUCUGGGAAGCCAGCAACUAACUCUCAUUGUUGGUACUGACAAGAAACCGGCCUGGAUCCUGUCUGUGGUUGUGUUUCUCGGCGUCAAUCUAGUUUGCUUCUUAGUAGUUUUCUGUUGCUACGUCGCCAUUUUUGUCAGCGUCAGACGUACGAGUAAGAUGGUCAGAAAGAGCUCCCACCGAAACCGUGAAAUCAAAAUGGCGGUCAAGAUGGCAUUAAUUGUGGGCACAGAUUUCGCCUGCUGGAUGCCGGUGAUAAUCAUGGGCAUUCUCUCUCAGACAAACACGAUUGAAAUUGGGGCUGAUAUGUACGGAUGGAUUGUUGUAUUUAUCCUACCUAUCAACUCCUCACUUAACCCGUACCUGUACACGAUUUACACAGCUUGUAUGCCACCAAAUACCAGCAAUGGAAAUAAUACCUCUCACAACAAGCCUGACAAGAGGAACCCUAAGAUAGGCUCGGUUGAAACUUUGGAUAUUCCCCUGUCUGACCUCAAAAGAAAUUAAUCAAUUGCUCGCAAUAAUGUUCAAGAAAUACAAAUAUAAAUAAGAAAACAGAAAAUACGGAUAUAAAUAAGAAAAUAGAAAAUGUAAUGAGAAAGGAAAAUGAAUAUAAUUAUACAGUUUCGGUAUGCAAACACAUUCAUACUGAAUGGACGAACCGUUUCGCUAAUUUUCACAUUGAGUUUAAUGUACAAUACUCUAAAAACUUCAGCAUUUGAUUUCACGAUUUUUCGCUCAAGCAGAUCUUCGAUCAUAGCAUAGACUAUUGGAAACAAUUAGUUGGAUCUCCAAAAUGUGAAAUACACCUUAGAAAUCUUGUGAGUCUAAUUUUUAUUCAUUUUCAGAGUUGUCAAUAGCUGUAUUUUGUGUAUGUUUUAGAAUUACAUGUAUUUGUAAAUCUCACAGAUUAAGAUCGAGUGGUCUCUGAAAUUGUGGAGGAACAUUCAGUUGCUAGAAGAGACGCAAAAAAUGGAUACUUGAGAGUUGAAUAAUUGAAGAGGCAAAAAGCAACACUUGUUUUCU